AUGUCCUCGUCCCCUUCGUCGGUGAAGCAGAGAUCGCCGAAGCGGGCCUCACCCAAGAGGACGCCCCUCGCCGAACGGACGGCGUCGCAGGCCAACGAGAUCAUCCGGUCCGGUAGAGAUGGGCGACUUCAACAAGAGAACACCAGCAUUUACAACACCACUCCCUUUCCGACGAAAGCUGCGCAUGUCCUACUGCCUAGUUCGAUCAAGAAAAGGAAGGAUACGCCUGGCUCAACCCCCAAUUUCCUAGGAUUUCCCUUUGACUUGGACAGUGGAAGAACCAAGGAUGGGCCGCGGAGUCCUCAGGGUGCAGCGCGGCAGGGUGUGAAGUUGAAACGGUCCGUCAAAGCAUUGAGGGAUCUCUACGAAUCUCAAGCCGACGAUUCUUCUCGCCCUUCAACGGCUACUUCACCUCCGCUCCGACCGAGCACGGCAAAUUCGACCCGACUGAGGAGUAUCAGCUCAAGUGAGAGCCUGUCUGGAGCAUUCUCGUGGGAUUCACUCCGUAAGAUCUCUACUGAUGAUUUGGCUUUGUUACCAACCCUGCCGGCGGGUAGACGUCCCGCGAGGAGAUUGUCGUCCAGAACGUCCUUCACCUCCACUGCGGAGCGCGCGGGAGCUACAUCAAGUCCAAAUUAUAGAGUCCUAGGUGUGACUUCCAGCCCUAGACCGCAGACCUUUCAAGAUUUGUCGAGUGCUGUUCUCCAACCUUUUGAAGAGGAUCUUAGCUCCAGUACUGCUCAAGACAGCUCCUCAAGCCCGAACAUCGUCCGCCUAGCAAACACGUCGAGCACAGAACACCUCCCGCUCCCAGAGCUAUCCUCAAGCCCAAUCGUGGUGAAAUUGGGCACGUCCUCUCCUGUAGGCCCUCGGCAUGGCGGCUUCGAGUAUGCGAAUUUUUCGCGAUCAUCCUCCACAUCCUCGAGGAAGCGCAAACGCUCUGAUACCGUUGGAAGUACGCAAACUUUUGCAGAACGAGCCGGCGCAAGAAACCCUCUCGCUUCCAGUCCCCCGCUAGACCCGUACAUUCCGACUUCAGCAGCCGCUAGCAUUAUAUCUCCAGACAACGGCGGCUUUCCUUCCUCGGCGCCUCAGAGUAUACGGCUGGUGGAAGACUCUCAGGAUGAGUCCAGUCCUGUUGUACGGAGGAUCGCUAGCAGCGACCUGCCGAGCUCCGAUAGCAGUUCGCUCUCAGGAACACAUGCCAGUCUUCAAGCCGCCCUUAGUUCGAGUCCUCCCAGUCGAAUCCAGUACCCCAUUGUCCGAGCGCCACCACGAAGCCAAGAGGCUGGUCUGGUGGUCCCCAAGCGUGCAUCUCGGAGCAUGUCCACUGAUGGUGGCCGGCCGGUAUUUGCCUCUCGACUUUCAGCAGUGCCAUCCGAAGCUUCGAGAGGGAUCAAAACCCGUUCUGCAAGUGUAGCUUCGUCCGAGCUCGAGCUGGACGUGGAUGAUUAUCUGCACUCGGACGAUCUCGCUCCGGCUUCGGCCUAUAUUAUCAAUAAUGCUGGUAACCAGUCUCAAAUUCGGAUUGUGCUGGACCAGGAGAGCGAAACUCACGAAGCCACAGACGAGGUUUCAGCACUUCCUUCGAGCGAUGAGGUAUAUAAGUCGCCUUCCUCUCAUCCUAGCUACCGUGGAAGUUUUGUCUAUUCACCGACUUCGUCGCAGCAAUCGCGACUUAAUUCUAUGAAAUCAUUUACGCAGUUACGACAUCAACAUAGUUUUCUUUCCCGACCAACUUCUUCCGGGAGCACGAGCACAGUCGCAAAUGGUCUCCCUAUACCGACAUGGGCCAAGCGAUACUACUCAGGCUUCUACCACGACUCGUUCAAUUUCCUGUACGCCAGUAACUCCCACGCGAAUUUGCAUAGUCUAGCCCAGUCCCCGAGCCGAGUUCCACGGCCAGAUGAAUCAAAUGCCCAACUGAGCGUCAAUGGCAGUCCACAGCGCCCACGUAGCUUUCAUCAGGUUGUGACUGAGCGUGUCGAAGCUUUGCUCAAGACUCGCUCCCGCCCCCGUGUUGAAGCCAGGAAGUCACAUAUCAUGCCCGGCGUGGGCCCACUUGUGUCCAACCCUGUGGGCGAACAUCCUUCGACUGCAGCCCUCCAGCAACGUCGUCAGACAUAUUCACUCUCUCGACAGCAGACGCCCGCAGUGCAGAACCACAACCGGUCUCUCUCGGCGCCCCUUUCUCCCGCUGAUCCUCGUGCUCACUGGGCCGGCGUCGUGGAAAUACACCAGCGGCCCCUGCCCCAUGGUCGUUCCUCAUACACCAUCCACCACACGCACUACCGCCGAUACAGCAACGGCGAAUACAGUGUCAGUCCUUCCGAGAGCCAAUCGGUCAUCCACCACCCGUCGCCGGUCCAUCACAGGUCAUCUCGGCGCUGGUCAGGCUCACCACAUCUGCACCAUGACUACCGGCUCAAUACCGGCUCUACCGCGUCGAGGGGUUUUGGGUUUCCUUUCAACUCGCACAGCCGUUGGACGGCACCCAGUGUCAUCACCACGAGGUCGGCAGGCUUCAUGCCACGUGCCAAUCUGCGCAGCACUCAAGUCGCUUGCUUCGCUCUCGGUUUUGUUGUGCCCUUGGCUUGGUUCGUCGCUGCAUUCCUCCCACUGCCACGUCGCCCUAGCUCGUACGCCGAUCUUGAAAAGGCGGCGUAUGCCAACGCAAUCUCCCACGCGGCAAGGGGCUCGGAACGCACGUCGAGGCAGCUCUACAUGCCGCCGGAAGAAGCCUUGUCGGACUGGGAGCAACUGGACGUCCUGGCGCGACUGCGUACUGAACGACAACUUGCGGGUGCCGCCGAGUUGAAAUUCCAGAACGCCCGUUGGUGGCGAAACCUGAAUCGCUGGAUGUGUGCCGUCGGCGUCGUCGUUUGCGUUUUGGUCAUCGUCCUGGCCGUGCUUGGAACGAGGGGCCAUUGGUAA